UUUGUUUUUGUUUUUGGGGCGCAUUAUCCCUUAUUUAUUUACCUCUUCGGUUUUUAGCUUUUGCCUCACCGGACGCGUCGCGACCGAUUUUAGGUAUCAGUCAGCAAAGGCCAUCCAUCCGUCUUUCCUCUGUUUCUCCUUUUCUUGAACCCCGUUGGUGACGGAAAUCCAGAUCGAGGAGAAGAAUACAGGGUUUGAGUAUUCCUUUCCAGCUCUUUGAAGAUUAUGGCUGCGACAUCUGCCCCCUGCGCCCAGCACUUCCCUCUUCGGGUAUCCAGGACAAGACUCUACAGCUCCUCCUCGGAUUGUUGCCCCCCUUCAGCAGGGCACAAUGGAUCCAGUGACGGAGCCGAGAAGACGGCUUUUGGAAGAAGGUCUGUCUUCCUCGGCCGCCGUGUUGCAUUCGUAGGCGGUCGUUUCGGCCUCAUCCUGCGCUUUCCUCCCAACUUCGUUCGCCAACUUAGCAAUAAGGCUCGUCGGAACUGCAGCAACAUCGGUGUGGCCCAGAUCGUGGCGGCUUCGUGGUCUAAUGACCAGCCCCCUUUUGAAUCUUCGGUGUCCGCCGCCUCUUUCGCCGCUGCGGCUGUUGUUCUCCCGGAAGAGGAGGAGGUGACUGAGUCUAUCAAACAUGAUUCUGAUGUCCUGCCCUCCGAGGAUGAGGCUCCGAACGCUGUCCCUACGUCUGCUGUCUCUGCUUUAUUUGGCUCCGAUCAGAGCCUUACUGUUCAUGCCGGUGAAAGAUACGGCCGUGGCUUGGUAACGGAUUCUAUUACAACCCCGCUUGUUAGAACUUCCGCCUACUGGUUCAAGAACUCCGAUGAGUUGAUUGACUUCAAGGAGGGAAGAUAUGCCAGUUAUGAAUACGGCCGCUAUGGGAACCCUACCACAAAGUCAUUGGAGGAGAAAAUGAGUGCACUAGAACGAGCAGAGUCAACCCUGUUUGUGUCAUCUGGGAUGUAUGCGAGUGUGGCUUUGAUUAUGGCAUUGGUUCCUGCUAAAGGGCAUAUUAUCACUACCACUGAUUGCUACCGAAAGACCAGAAUGUUCAUUGAGAAAGAACUUCCAAAGCUGGGUAUUACGGUUACCAUCAUUGAUCCUGCUGAUAUGAAUGCAUUAAAGAGUGCACUGGAUCAAGAAAAUGUUUCUCUUUUCUUCACAGAGUCUCCAACUAAUCCUUUCCUUAGAUGCGUCGACAUUGAGCUAGUUUCAAAGCUUUGCCAUGACAGAGGAACUCUGGUUUGCAUAGAUGGAACCUUUGCACCACCUGUUAAUCAAAAGGCCUUAGAGUUGGGUGCUGAUUUAGUUAUUCAUUCUGCAACAAAGUAUAUUGGUGGUCAUAAUGAUGUACUUGGUGGUUGCAUUAGUGGUUCAGAUCAUCUAGUUUCCAAAAUACGCCUAUAUCAUAAUGUUAUUGGUGGUGUUCUUAAUCCUGAUGCGGCUGCUAUGUUCGUUAGAGGCAUGAAAACUUUGCAUCUUCGCGUACAGGAACAGAAUAAAACAGCGCUGAGGAUGGCCCAAGUUUUAGAGGAGCAUCCCAAGAUUGUAAGGGUUUAUUAUCCCGGGCUGCCCAGUCACCCGGAGCAUCACAUCGCCAAGCGACAAAUGACUGGCUUUGGUGGUGUGGUUAGUUUUGAGGUUAAGGGUGACUUUCACGCUACUAAGAAGUUCAUUGAUUCCUUAAACAUACCAUACAUCGCUCCUUCUUUUGGUGGUGUUGAGAGUAUUGUUGAUCAGCCUGCUAUCAUGUCUUACUGGGAUAGCAAAGAGGAUAGAGUGAAGUAUGGGAUCAAGGACAAUCUAGUGAGGUUUAGUUUUGGAAUCGAGGCAUUCGAGGAUCUGAAAGUUGAUAUCUUCCAGGCUCUCGAAGCCAUCUAACUGUGUGAUUCGUGCUGUCUAAGGUCAAUCUCAUUUGGUUGUAUCUUGAAAACAAAUUUAGUUCUCGUUUGUGAACCUUCUUUCCAAACCAUCAAUAAUAUUCAUCUGCUGUGUGCGUUUGUAGUCUCCAGAGCUUAUGACAAAUAAGCUUAUUUUGACAUCAUUUACAUCAUAUAAUGUACGAUUUUGUUGUGAAUU